CCACUCUUGGAACAGUUGCUGAGCACCACUGUUCUGUUUUGUUAAGCUCACAAAUUUGCGAAAUUAUUUUUUUACGUGAAAACUGUUAAAGUGCUUAAAUAAUUCCACUCGAGUGGAUACUUAUAGAGAAUAACAGACAUAAAUCAUGGGACCACCGAAAAAGUAUAAGAAAGAGCGCGGGGCAGGCGACAAAUUUGCCAAAAAGCGUCGUGCAGAAGAUGAAGCGUUCACGCAGCUUGUUGAGGACAAUGACAGCAUGGACAAUGCCAGUGAGUCGGACGGAGUGCCUGGUGCCGCGUCCAAAAACGCUGAGACCAACGACGAGAAUAUCAACACUGACGAGUACGGUGCCAAGGAUUAUCGUGCACAAAUGCAGCUACGCGCUGAUCAUACGAAUAGGCCACUUUGGGUUGCGCCCAAUGGGCAUGUGUUCUUGGAGUCUUUUUCGCCAGUCUACAAGCAUGCGCAUGACUUUCUUAUUGCCAUAUCGGAGCCCGUCUGCCGUCCAGAGCACAUACACGAGUAUAAGCUGACAGCGUACAGCUUGUAUGCAGCCGUAUCCGUGGGCCUGCAAACACAUGACAUUGUCGAAUACUUAAAGCGUUUGAGCAAGACAAGCAUUCCAGAAGGCAUCUUGGAAUUUAUACGCCUUUGCACGCUUUCAUAUGGCAAGGUGAAGCUGGUGCUGAAGCACAACAAAUACUUUAUUGAGUCACCGCAUCCAGAAGUUCUGCAAAAGCUACUUAAGGAUCCAGUCAUACAGAAAUGUCGCCUUAUACGCAGUGAAGCUGAGGGUGAGGCCUUUAUACAGGGCACCUUGGAUGGCAAAGCCAUUACACAGUUUGGUACAAAGCUGCCGACAGCGACGGAUAAGCCUGCCGAGGAGACGCCCACAACUUCGACGGCAGCUGCAGCCCCAGGUACAGAUGGCGCUGCCGCAGCUGUGCCUGAUGACAUAACUGACUUCUAUGAGAAGAUUGACAAGGAAGAAGAGGACGAAGAUGAAGCGAAUCUGAAGACAGUCUCGUUUGAAGUGGCCCAAGAGAAAAUUGAGUUGAUACAGAAGCGCUGCAUUGAGAUUGAACAUCCGCUACUGGCAGAGUAUGACUUUCGCAACGAUACCGUCAAUCAAGACAUCAACAUUGACCUCAAGCCAGCCGCUGUGCUGCGUCCAUAUCAGGAGAAGAGCUUGCGCAAAAUGUUCGGCAAUGGGCGCGCACGCUCCGGCGUUAUUGUGUUGCCUUGCGGAGCUGGCAAAUCACUGGUGGGUGUGACCGCCUGCUGCACCGUGCGUAAGCGCGCAUUGGUGCUUUGCAACAGUGGUGUGUCGGUGGAGCAGUGGAAGCAGCAGUUUAAAAUGUGGUCCACAGCGGAUGAUAGCAUGAUCUGUCGCUUUACCUCAGAGGCCAAAGACAAGCCAAUGGGCUGUGGCAUACUGGUCACCACAUACUCUAUGAUAACGCACACACAGAAGCGUUCCUGGGAGGCGGAGCAAACUAUGCGCUGGCUGCAGGAGCAGGAAUGGGGCAUUAUGGUGCUGGACGAGGUGCACACCAUACCUGCCAAAAUGUUCCGACGUGUGCUUACAAUUGUGCAGUCCCAUUGCAAGUUGGGUUUGACUGCCACUUUGCUGCGUGAGGACGAUAAAAUUGCAGACUUGAAUUUCCUAAUCGGUCCAAAGCUAUACGAGGCCAACUGGCUGGAGUUGCAAAAGAAGGGCUACAUAGCACGUGUGCAGUGCGCUGAAGUCUGGUGUCCCAUGUCGCCGGAGUUCUAUCGCGAAUAUCUGACCACCAAAACCUCCAAGAAAAUGUUACUCUAUGUAAUGAAUCCAUCAAAGUUCCGCAGCUGCCAAUUUCUCAUCAAAUACCAUGAGCAGCGUGGUGACAAGACUAUUGUUUUCUCCGAUAAUGUCUUCGCGCUGAAGCACUAUGCCAUCAAGAUGAACAAGCCUUUCAUCUAUGGGCCCACCUCACAGAAUGAACGUAUACAAAUCUUACAGAAUUUCAAGUUCAAUGCCAAGGUCAACACUAUUUUCGUGUCCAAAGUGGCCGACACCAGUUUCGAUUUGCCCGAGGCAAAUGUGCUCAUACAAAUUUCCUCGCAUGGCGGCUCGCGUCGUCAGGAGGCCCAACGUUUGGGUCGUAUUCUGCGCGCUAAGAAGGGCGCCAUAGCCGAAGAAUACAACGCCUUCUUCUACACACUCGUCUCACAGGACACCAUGGAAAUGAGCUACUCCCGCAAACGUCAGCGUUUCUUGGUGAAUCAAGGCUACAGCUAUAAGGUUAUAACACAUCUUAAGGGCAUGGAUACUUCUACGGAGUUGAUGUAUAACACGCAGGAGGAGCAGGGGCAGCUACUGCAAUUGGUGUUGUCUGCCUCAGAUUUGGAUUGCGAAGAUGAAAGGGUGCCGGGCGAGCCAGGUUAUCGUCCCGGCGGCUCCGGCACUACAAAACGCACAGGCGCACUCAGUUCCAUGUCGGGUGGCGAUGAUGCCAUCUACUAUGAGCAUCGCCGCAAGAAUACUGGCAGCGUGCAUCCAUUGUUUAAGAAAUUUAGAGGAUAAGCUUUGCUUUUGUAUAGCCUGUUGAAUAAAAUCGAUGCGA